CUAUAGUUGGUGUCAUAUGAUGCCAUCGUAUGAGUGCCUUGUUAAGGGCUUUAGGAUCCAAACAAACGCGUAACUGUCAAUAAGCUUUGCGCGAAAUCGGGAUGCUACUAACCCAAUCGAUGGGCUCAGUCACACGUCGGAUCACACCCUGUGCUUCCAUCUUGUCAAACUCGGACUUAAGUUCAUCGCGGGAUGAAUGGAGCACUUUACGUUGUGCAUGUACGACAGGUUGUGCACCUUCGCGAAGCACGAUGUGAUAUAUCCGGAAAAUCUCCAAGUGCAUAAAACUGUUCUUGGUACGUGGAGAUUAGUUCCUCAACUGAACGAACUGCAUUGGUGCUGUGGCUUGAUGUUUCCGUCGAACUGAGCAUGCGAUUCAACCGUACAGUACUGUUCAGAGCGACAAUGUUCAACUGAAGAGCUGUGCAAAGACGAAUGAUAGCCGGACCAUCAGUCUCGAAGACAUGAAACACGGUAUUGUGCCAUUCUGAUGGGGGGGGGGGGUAUUUGCAUGGGAGAGUCAGUGUGCCGUACUGCUUAAUUUUGUGCCGUUGUAUGCCUUGAGAAAAGCACCAGAAUUAGCAAGAUGUCCUUUGCGUGGAAAUCCAUGACUUGGGCACAUUCGACGAUAAAUGCGAACGAGAAUGGUGUUUGUCUAUAGGCUCCUCCUUCGCGUGUAGAUUGAUGAUACGGCGUUCUUUACUAGUUGCAGUUGGACAUUAUAGUGUAGGCUUCGUCGCGAUUACGUGUGUUUGGACGAAUGAAAGAUAAGACAUUAUCAAGCGUCAGUUGUUUGAAUGGAACAUCAACGGCUCCACUUGGUGAGGCACAUGUCUGCAAUCAUAUGUGCAUGACGCGUUGAGAACGGCGUUGUCGUCACUUGCAUUUGGACCGUGACUGCGAUUUUGAGCGACGAGGAGUAUCCCGUGGAGUACGCUAGUUUUGCCGGCCACGCAUUGAAUCAUCAGAGCGGGGCAUAAUUCGUGUUGUCUACCACAUUUUCUGCAAGUGCGUCGGCGUUGUAGUGCAUCAACGGAGGAAAGUCCAUGAUGAACACUAUUAAUCCAUUAUCCAAAACUCAACUUCAUUUUUUUCGGUCGUUGACUGUUUAUUAAGGAUAUAGUAUCCAACAUGGUUCGCGUUGAUAUGCCUAUCAAUGGGGUUUGUGUAGCAAGCCCCAUAGUUCUAGAGGUAGCACACAGUCUAUGCAUACACAUGCAGUAAUUACUCAGCCAUUUACGUACAAAUGAAGGCACGUUUUCGCGUCAAGAUCUCACCUUUUUAAUGACAUGAAUCAGUACCGCCAAUGGCGAGGUAAGAAAAUUAACAAAAAACCGCGCUGCCACCUCAUAAUAGGUGGUGGAUUCAAGUAGAGUCGGGAUGACCUCCAACUUCGGCUACUCUUUUAUUAUUGCCUAACAAAGUAACAACAUGAACUCGAGAACUAUCUGGAAGCAUAUGACUAGCGCCCUCAGAUCUAUGGUCUGAAAUAUUACAGUAUUCUACCAGGUUCAAACAUACCCGAGAGAGUAAUGAUAGAUGCCAAUAGCGGCCUAGAACAUUGAGUAGCAAACGAAUAUAAAGAGGAACGCUUCGUGUUUCCCGAUCAUUCAUCCACCGCAACUUGAACUGAGAACACAACAAAACUGACUUAAAGAUUACCAUCAUGGCUUGCAAGAUUUUGUGCGUGAUGUUCUUUCUGGUCCUCGGUUCAGUAUCCGCGGAUGACUGUCCACCGCUCUGGACACGCUACGGUAACUACUGCUACCGUUUCUUCGGCCCUCCCGAGACCUGGCAAUCGGCCGAGGAGUACUGCCGAGAGUUCUUCACCCAAAACGGCCAGGGGCACCUGGCGUCCAUUCACAGCUCCGGGGAGAACGACUUCUUGAUACAGCUUUGGAGAACAUCUUUGGUGCCCAACGAAGAUGAAACGUUAGCAAACCAUGCCUGGAACGGCCUCAGCGACCUGGCGAACGAAGGAAGCUUCACCUGGAGUGACGGGUCCGGGUUUUACUACAACGCCUGGAGCUCUCCACAACCGGACGACUACGAAUCCGGUGAGGACUGCGGAGAUUUUAUGAAUCUCCCCGAUCUGGAUCAGGUUGUAUGGAAUGAUUACACCUGUCGCACAGCCUUACCAUAUAUUUGCAAGAUGCCCGCUAAUUAGAACGAGAAAGGGGCGAUAACUUUGAAGGGACCACUUCCAACUCUUUUGACAGUCACAAAUUGUUCCUUUUAAAUAUUCCUCAAACACAAGGCACCAAAAUGAGUCACGUGUCAAGACAGAACGCUACCUCACUAUCAGGACUUGACAAGGAACACAAACCUUGUGAACAACUUCAAGUUCCACGUUUGUAACUGGCGCACUUAAUUUCGGAUGCGCUGCGGCGAGAACACUUGAGGGGGAUUUCGCCUACGAUGCAUGCCGUUAACCUGGAAUAAACUACGAUAUACAUACUGCUUACAGACUACAGUUGAAGCUGGUUGUUUAUAAAAAAAAACCUUGGCAUAUACUGUACAUGUACAUGUACACUGUGUUAAACAGUCACGAGACUUCAGAUAAAACGCUUCACGGUUAAACGAAUGACUUUUUUGGAGGGCUGAAGCAGUUUCGACCACCUAUGAGAAACAUUUCUUUGAAUUGGAACUAUUAUAUAACACGAAUUUUUACCUCGCUAAAUCUUGUUGUCCUGAUGAGCUUCUUUUGAUCUUGACACUUUGAACAAAAGAUGAAACACAACUUACUCUGUGCGAGUUUAGAACUGAUGUUGGAAACCCACUUCAUAAUCUUUUAAAAGGCCUAUGAACUUACAGGCUAGGGGUGAAUGAAGAAUUAGAAGUGACCGCUGCUUAAUGAAAUUAUAUUGGCAUAAAGCUGCUGUUUGUAGUAUAGAAGAGCCUCUUGGAUAGCUAGCGUAAUUGAUGUUAAUGACAUGCAAAUUGUAUCUUAUGUAGUGAAAACUAAUAAAUUCAAGUUAUAUACCAAAUAUCCAGCUGCUUAUUAAAGGUUUGUAUUUCCCAAAUCUCGGAAAACAUCGGCUUACGUUAAAGAUCCUCUAAUCAAGAAUGCCUACCGAAUUAUUGAUCAAGGUAUAUGAAAAUUGUGAAUAUAGUGGAACUAGUAACAAACGUUCUGUGUUUAGCAAUUGUACUUUAAGAAAUUAAAGUCGAAAUUGUUGAGACAAUCAUGACAGGUGGUAGGUAGCGGGCAAACGGUAUAAAUUGGGAAACGAGGCAGUGCUGGGAAGAUACAAGACAUGUAUUUGCUUUGGAGACAGUCGUGG